AUAUUUGUUUUAUUAUGACUAAAAAAAAACAGAGUUGUAUCGUAAAAACAAAAAAAUUUUGUUUUGGACGAAUCAUGAGCGCCUAUAUCACAUCUAUUGCAACAGUAAGAAGACUUAUGUUAUUCGAAGAUUUGUGUACAUAUAAAAUAACUAAUAACGUCAUAAAUAUUAAAAUUUUUUCGUGGUAAGAUCAGUAUUUCAUUAAGUAUAUGUAUAUCUGUCACCAUUUUUCAGUAGCAACAGUCAGUAAUACCUUGAUAUUAAUCAUGUUUCGUUAUUUAGUAGACGAAAGAAAUAAGCGUGACAAAAUUUUGAAAGUGCAUCUUUACAAGCCACAUACGGAAUGUAAAACAUAACAUACUCUGCGAUGAUUGCUAUAAAUUUGUCACAUUUUUAAAUCGUUUCUUAAGAUUGGAAAUCACCAUCAUCAAUAAAAAAGGAAACAUUCUUUUGGCAGAGGUUUUCCAGGAGCUCUAAGAUGGUAAAUUUGGCGCGUGAAGAGAUUCUCCUAUUAUUUGAUGUUGAUGGCACUUUAACUGAACCACGAAGUAUAGUAGAAUCAGAAUUUGAGGAAUUUCUCUACGGACACGUAAAACCACGAGUCACCAUAGGUAUAGUAGGUGGAUCAGAUUUGGAAAAAAUGUUCGAACAAUUAAAUGGUCGAAAAAUUUUGAGAGAAUUUGAUUUAAUAUUUCCCGAAAACGGACUGGUACAAAUUGAUAAAGGGCGAGAAGUGGGAAAACAGAAUAUCGUCAAUCAUUUGGGCGAUGUCGUAUUGCAAAAGUUUAUCAAUUUUGUCUUGCGUUAUUUAUCAGAGUUGGAAUUGCCAUUCAAGAGGGGUACGUUUGUGGAAUUUCGUAAUGGCAUGAUGAAUAUAUGUCCUAUAGGAAGACAAUGUUCUCGUGAAGAACGGAACUUAUUUGCCGUAUUUGAUAAAGAGCACCAAGUGCGAAGUAAAAUGAUUCAAGUGUUGCAAAGAGAAUUUGCUGACAUAGAUUUAACUUAUACCAUAGGUGGCCAAAUAAGUUUUGAUGUCUUUCCUAAAGGUUGGGAUAAAACCUAUUCUUUGCGUUAUAUAGAGGCAAAUUACAAAUUCAAAGAAAUACAUUUCUUUGGUGAUAAAACUGAACCCGGUGGCAACGACUAUGAAAUAUAUACGGAUUCGCGUACUAUAUCGCAUAAAGUUGGGAGUCCUUCAGAUACCAAAAAAAUUGUUACAGACUUAUUGCAAUUGACUUAGGUCAAGUUUUCAUAUAGUAACAUUUAUCUAUUGCUAAGAAUAAAGAUGUUUAAAAAUAAAGUGCGAGCUUCUAAAUAUUUGCAUUUCCUGGUUUUU